UAAAGAGAAAAAGAAUAAUAAAGAGAUAAAUGAAAGAAUAAGCUAUACAAAAGAAGCAAAACUGACAAACAUAUCUAAAAAUUCUGACAAAGAAAGAACUACAAACAACGAAAGUGAGAUAUUUAAAAGUUAUCAAAGACCUAUGGGCGUAUAUGAUGUUAGUGAAAAAUUUACUGAGGCAGAUGAAGUUAAAAGGAAAGAGAACAAAGCAUUCGGCUAUAGUCAAAAAUUAGCAGAGAAGUCUAUUCGAAGAGUGAUGUUGCUAGAACAAUUGAUAUUGGAAGUCCAAGAAAGUAGAUUUGUUGAUGGAUUUAAGAAUAAAGCUAAAACAUUAAGAAAAAGGGAAAAUUUGAAUGGUGCUAAAGAGCUUGUAGCUAAUAAUGAUAAGG